AUGGGAAGUAAUACUGGUGCACUUAUUCUAGGGAUUGUUGGAGGAAUAUUUUGUGUAGUUACCAUUAUUCCUGGACUUAUUUUAUUAUGGAAAUUAUUUGUGAAACCAAAACUAUUCAAAAGUUCACCUCAAAAAUAUAGAGGAAAAAACACAUAUGCUAUUAUUACUGGAGCUGCUGGAGGAAUUGGAAAGGCAUUUGCUGAGAAAUUUGCUAAAGAAGGAUUUAAUUUAAUUGUUAUAGCAAGAAGAGAAGAAAUAUUAAAACAAAUGAAACAAGAAUUUGAAGAAAAAUAUCAAAUUAAUGUCAAAGUUAUUGCUAAUGAUCUUAUUUCCAUUGAUGAAAACAAUCAAUGGAACAAAAUUGAAAAUGAACUUAAAGGAAUUGAUAUUGGUGUAUUAGUAAAUAAUGUUGGAAUGUGUCAAUAUUUACCAGGUAAAUUUGGAGAUGUUGAUAUAAAAGAUAUUAAUAAUAUGGUUUCACUUAAUAUUAGAGUAUUAACAAUGUUAACUCAUAUAAUAAUCCCAAUGAUGCUUGAAAGAAAAGAACAUGGAUUAAUAAUUAAUAUGUCUUCAGCAACAUCUUCUGUUCCAUUUCCAAUGUUUCAAGUUUAUGCUGCAUCAAAAGCAUUUAUUAAACAAUUUAAUGAUUCAUUAUAUGCUGAAUAUAAAGGAAAAAUUGAUUGUAUUAGUUAUUGUCCAUGGUAUAUUAAAACUGAAAUGACAAAAAUAAGAGAAAGCUCUAUUUAUGUUUUAGAACCAGAAGAAUUUGUUGAAUAUUGUUUCUUAUUCUUUGGACAACAAAAUCAUAUUGAUCCAUAUUGGUUCCAUUAUUUGAUGGAUAUUGGUGCAUGGUUAUAUCCUACAGACACAUUUGGUAAUAUGAUUCUUUCUAUGCAAUCAUUUGUGAGACAACGACUAUUAUUAAAGCUUCAACAAAAAACAAAGAAUAAACCAGAAUAAUUCUAUUCUUUCUAGUUAUAAACAUUGUU